CGUCAACCUUAGAUCUGGAGGAGUUGACGAGCUUUCAAGCAGAAAAACAACCCUCUUUCGCUGUCGCUAAGAAAUCGAGUCUCCUUGCUUUCUGCAUUUUUCCUACCAAAAACGCUCUGAAUUUUUCCACCAGCGUGAUGCAAGACUUUGGCAACACUGAAUGUAGCGAAAGGAGCUGGACAUCCUACCGUCCCCGUUUGGACAGUAUUGCAAGUACCACGAGCACAGGAAAUAGUGUGAGGAAAGCUCCCUCCAGCCCAACAAGAAACGCCAGAAAUUCGUCUCCCUCACAGGGUAUGGGAAUGUUGACCACAUCGCCCAUCGUCAACCCAAGACUAGUCCAUCUUCCGGACAAGAGUCUUGGUUCGUCGACCCUGGCAUAUCCAGCGAACACGACCCAGAAUAGCGACUUCGCAUCAACAAAAAUCAAAAGUGUUGUUGACAGUGAUCAUGAAGUUUGUGCCACAACGGCGAUUCCGCAGCAUUCUAGACACGCUGGUGUUUCAGUGCUCGAGAAACAGUAUAGCUGCAACCAACGAGCACUUUUGUCGUUGGAACCUCUCGAUCAGCGGCUUGACCAGGCGCAUGACGGACAGCGGCAACAAGACUCCUCUCGAGCAACUCCCUACCAAGAAACUCUGUCUCCAAUAAAAGAAAUACGGACUCGCAGCCAAUCACAUUUUGAGUGUGAAAGUGAUAUGAACAUACCUUUUGACGAAGAGGAAACAGUGGAAGACAGGAACAAAUCUUUUAUGAAUGUGGCUGCUACAGGCUCGCUGCUGCUACAUUCAUCAAACAACGUGGAAGGCUCCUACAUUGUUCCUCCCAAUCGAAGGAACUGCAAUUCUGACUUAGUCACUUCUCGCGUUAGCUUAGCCCUGUCCCGAUUGUCUACCCCUUUGGAUCAUCAAUUGCUAAAUACGUGUAGCAAUCACAAAGCGCGCUCUGGCGAAGCAGAUGUUCAACAAGAUUCUUUUGGUACAUUCUCCAGCACACUGAAUCGGCAUCAACCCGAAGAUGACGAUUCGCUUUUUGACUUUCAAGAAGGCCAGAAAUCAGCGAUCUUUACUGCUGCUCAUCGUCCAGUAAAGCACUCCGAAGGAAGCAAUAAAUCAAGCAAGUCAUUGAGCACCUCCAUUUCAUUGCACAGGCAGCACCACGACAACGAUGGUACGGGCUCAGAGAAUGAGCAAGGCAAUCUUUCGCCAAAAUAUUUGCGAGAGCGAUCCCAGGCGGCUUGGAAACGCAAAAAAAUUCUUCACAGCAAAAGACCAACGCUAAUAGCUACCGUUCCAUCGCCAGAUUCUGUAGACAUUGGCGCAAGUUCUGCCAUAUCGUUCGCGAAGAUCAUCGUUCCGAGUCAACAUCUACACAACGACAACGAGGACGAAGCAGAAGAUGCAACGUUGGGUGGCAACUCUCUCAAUUCGGAGUACACAAAAUCAAUGGAAUCUGAAGUCGAAGAUGCCUUCAAAGAUAUUUUCAUGAUCGGUUCCGGGACAUAUACACAACCUGGUCGAAGGAAAGUGAAAUGCAAUCCAAAUGCUAGGGAGCGCCUGCGUACUUGCGUAGAAGAAGGGGGCAAUGAUACCUAUGAAAACAACACCUUGGCAACGUGCAAUGACGACAAUUGGGAUGAUUCUUUUACUGUUAAACGAAACUUGACAAGUCCGCCUCAACACUCUCCCAAACGAACCAGCGAGCUAGACCACAACAAUGCACUACUAGAGGCUUUGGGAGUAGUGGAGAGUAGCCUGAACGCCUUUGGAGCAGUUCUGGGCUUUGAUGUAGGCACUAAGACUACUGAAACCAUCAAAGCAAAAGCAUUGAACACAUCGGCAUCAAACGCGAGACAUGAUGCCGUGACUGGCUUUCAGAAUUUGUUAGAAUUCGCUUCAGAUGUUCUGUUGGGAUCCCCGUCGACUGAAACACCGCUUUCAAUUGUCGACCAGGAUUCAGCAAAAGCUGUCACGUUUUCGGCGCCUUUACUUGAAAACGAUCGGCGCCUCGUAGAUUUGGCAUUGGAAACAGCCUUGUCUUGGCAUCGAAUGAAAGGACACACAGUGGAUUCAGCGUAUGAAUUGAAUAUUGUGGACGACAUAAAAUUUAUUGUCGUCGAUCUCAAAUUGCCUCUUGGGCUCGUUUUUCAAGAAAAUACUGGUGGUUGCUGGGUGGCCAAAGUCCUCUCCUCUGGAACUACAAAUACGAGUCGAUCCGUCACUGUGGGAGACCAGUUGGCUGCCAUUGAUGGGGUGAGCGUGAUCAAAAUGAAAGUUAAUGAGAUCGCAUCAAUCAUAGGAGAGAAACGCUUUGAAACUGUGUUGACAUUUCUACGGUACAUUGGGCCCGUGCGUUCUGCUCCUAGCUACACAAAAGACAUAGAGGGCUGCAAUAUUGCACCAAAGCCAUUGGCGUCGAUCGUGGAUACAGGAUGGAGGUUCCAGACAACACGUGCUGGCUCAGUCAUAAAAAGCAAUAAACUGGAUGAGGCGGUGGAAGAAAACGAGACAACAGAAAAGAAAAGUUUCGUCUUAUUUUCGUAA